GUAUAAAAAACCCACUCUGGGCUCAGACAAACGGAGAGUUGUAAGUAGAAGUAAGGAGAAUAAGAGCGAAUGCUACCAGCCAGCGAACAAGGUUACUCGUGUGCUUAAAAUAAGGAGAAUUGUUAGUGUUUGUUUGACUUUGGCCAGAGUGCCCUUUUCUUUGUUUUGUGUGUUGUUUUUGUUUAAACUGUUUAUUUUGUUAAUUAUUAAAUACAAGCGCAGCAGCCCGUUUUGCUCAUACCAUCUUGUGUUGUUUAAUUUCCUGGUCUGACGGCACCACUCAAACCAUCCUUUCACACUAAUUGUUAAAAGCAUUUUGGAGACAGUGCCAACGUUUCCAUACCACAGCAAAAAGUUUAAUUCUUUGCAAGUGGCAGCAUAUGACUUCAGUCUCCCUGUCAGGAUUAACAACACAGGAGCUCCACCUCCCAGUUCUAUACCCAAAACGCCUUCUGUAUCUGAGAAGCACAUUGUGACUCCUCGACCACCGAUAGUGACUGUGGAUACUCCAUCACGCAGAGUGCAGGCAACUGAUAAGUGUUCACAGUUUCUCCUAGACCCCUCUACCUUCUGUCAAACCAGUGAUGUUUAAAAAACUUGAAAAAAUGACGCUUUGUUGAUCUCAUUGAAGGACACUGAUCGUACAGAGCAUGCUGCAGAGGCUCCAUUAACAAUUAACUCUGAGACCCCCACUUGAAAUAUCUAGGUCAAACUGUGUAACCUGGGUGUUUUGACUGAAAAUACCCACCAGCCCGCCCAGGAAGCUACAGUGCAGAAGUCCCUCUGUUUCUGAAUGAGGACCACAUCCAUCCCUACAGACACAUCUCCCUUUCUGGCAUUGGUUCCUGCUUCCAGUUGCCGCAACAGCAGCAUUUUAACAGCUUACCCUUACCUGGCUCUUCAUUGCUCAGUUCAGCAGAUUGUCUUAAAAAGUGGACAGCUAAAUGGUGCCAAUGGCAAACCCCAGAGCACCGGAGAAGCUAUUCUACGUCCAUGUUAUAUCCCUGGAACCCUCUCUUUUAGUACUUCCUCCAGUUCAACAUUUAUAGUCACAAGCUCCACCUGUGAGGAAUCAUUUUCAGAAGAAAAUCUAUCUGGAAAAGGAAGAAAUAAGACCGAUGAGACUGACCCACAAGGCAGGAAAAACACACUCGGAUUUCCAAACUUUCCUGCAGAGAACUCAGAGGAAGGACACUUCUACUAUGGGAUUUUAAAGGCUGUACAAAAAUGGUGUAGUCUCUUCGGCUGGCCUAAAGGUUCUCACCCCAUUUCUCUUCUGCAGUCACUGAGAAGUGCUGUAUGUAAAGUUCAGAAAUCAACCUCACCACAUAGAAAGGCUUCCUAUCAAGUCAGCCAUGGAAAGGACACAAAAACCGUUUGUGACAUGUUGUUCCACCUGAGUGGCCAGAUGUUACCGGGAAUCACUGCAAGCCAGUCUUUGCCCUUUGACCUCAAUGAGCGUGCUCUACAGCUUCAUUGUCAACAUUCCACCCUGCUUACCUUUCUAAAGUGUUGGUACUUUGUUUCAACAAAUAACCCCAGCAAUCUGUUUGAAUGUGGAACACAUUCCAAAAAUGAAUCCUGACCCUCUAUGCAGCAAUAUUUACUCAACAUCUGAGCGAAAUCUUCUCACCUGGCUGAACUUCAAUUAUGAAAAAAUUAUAAGCAUAGUGUGGAGAGGCAGCA